UAAAAAUAAAAAGAAUAAAAAUAUUGAAUUAAAUGUUUUGGCGCAUAAAAAUUAAGGUUUAACAAAGUAAUUUAAUCUACUAUUUAAAUGAUAACAUAAUAUUAUGAUGACUGAGUAAGUAAUAAGUGAAGUGAAAGUUACAUCAUUUUUCAAAGAAAAUGGGUAAAACAAGCAAAGUUGUUGUAUGUGGCAUGAAGGGAGUCGGUAAAACAGCUAUCCUAGAGCAGUUAAUUUACGGGAAUGUAAAUUUGAAAUCAUGUUUUUAUCCCACGAUCGAAGACAUUUAUGUGGCGAACAUCGAAACAGAUCGCGGCCCGAAAGAACGCGUCUGUUUCUACGACACAGCGGGCUUGGAGCCUCCGCUUACAGGCGAGUUUAAAGGUCCUCCGCAAUCUCCUACAAUGCAGCUAACGGCCAACCAAGUGCUCCAACGACACUAUCUCGGUUUCUCAGAAGGUUUUGUCAUGGUGUAUGAUACAGCGCGACCAGAAUCGCUGGAUGUGCUCAUGUAUUUAAAGAAGGACAUAGAUAGGAACAAAGAUAAGAAAGAGGUAGUAAUACUAGUGAUCGGUAACAGAACUGGACCAGAUGAUCCGAACAGCCUCGAGAACACCUGCUCCAAAGCCUCGAAUUGGUGCGCACGCGAGAAGGUCAGACAUUUUGAGGUGAACGCAAUGGAUCGUCCGUCCCUAUAUGAACCAUUCAUCUUCAUGACCUCGAAAUUGAACCCAGUACAGAAUAAGACUACCUUCCCGCAACUAAGCACGUUAAGUAAGCUCACUCAGAAGAACAAUAAAAGUGAAGCCAUGUAACGGUACUUUUUCAAUCUAUGCCCUUUCUGCUAUCAGCCUUAAUAGGCAUUAUAGGUAUUUUUAAUGGGGGGGUUUACACUGCAAUAGUUAAAUCAAGAGUGUUACUCAAUGUACAGAGACAAAUUGAAACCGAUUAUAAUUGUGAUACCAGACUUGAUAAAUCAUAUCGAGGUGUGAAAGGCUAUUUAGGUUAAACCGACAUUUUUGUAACUGUACACGAGAACAAUUUAAAGUUUAUAAAUUAGGAAAUAAUAUCAUAAAAUAAAUAAACAAAGAAGAAACAAAAAGAAAUAAACUUCUUCCAUUAUUUGAAUAGAGUAAAUUUAAUAGAAAUUCAAUUAAAAACAUCGGACUGUUGAUGCUAAUACCAAAUAAAACGCAUCUUUAAUUACAAAGAUAAAUGUAGCGUUUUAAGCGAAAUGUCGUUUAAACCAAAUAGCCUUUCACUCCUGUAUACAUAUUUAUAUUUAACUUAAACAUAUAAAAUUUUAAGAUGGCAAAAUAUUUGUUAAGGGCAAAGCCCUAACCCCCCCUCCUCAACUAUGUACCUGAAUACUUCACGCUUAUAUUCAAAAACAUCAUUUCAAAUUACUAUCCUAGAUAGAAUUUCAUUGAUCUCAUUAUAUAGAAACAAAUCUAUGAAUUUAAAACCUUUUUAUGUCAUACAAAAUGAAAUUUAACUUUUGAAUUUUUCAAAGAUAAUGAAAAAUGCAUAUGAUAUUAAUGACAUUAAUUUAAAAUAAAUAAAUCAAUGAUUUAUAUUUUAGUUUUAAGUAUAUUAAAUCAUGAAGUUUUUAGGUAGUAAUAAUUUGUUUAAUUGCAUUAUUGUGGUAAAACAAUGAGAAAAACACA